CAGAGCCGAGUUGUUCUGUGCCCUAGCGCGCUUUUCACCAUAGAACCCGGCGAGUGUUUUUUUAUCAAAAUUCCAAAUAGAUUGGAUUCAAAUCCCGCGAGAACAUGGACUCCCGACGCUAAUUGUCGAACAGAAAGUUGUAUUCUUUUUACGAAAAAUGUCGUUAGGGCAGAGAGGUUCGGCGAAUCCAGCGGCCAUGCUUGCUGCUCUCAUGACCAAAAGAGAUAAGCUUCAAGACGACCUUCGCAACAUCGAAAAGCAGGUUUACGAGUUAGAGACUAAUUAUUUACAAGAUUCGAGCCAUUGCGGGCAUGUUUUGAAAGGAUUCGAAGGCUUUCUUUCUUCAUCCAAGAACACAGCAAACUUAAAGAGGUAUAGGAAGUUUCAGCCAGAAGAUAGACUGUUCUCAUUGUCAUCAGUCACUUCGCCAGCGGCUGAAGAACUUGGAGUUCGACAAGAUGAUGGAAGAUCUGAUUUUGGUCCAGGUCGGUCUAAGGGUGGAGGCUUAGCUGCCAAUGGCCAAGGGAAACCGAAGAAGGGAAGAACUGCCUCAGCAGCAAGAGAUGGCAAGAGAAUCAGGCCAUCAAGUGAACCAGAUUUUGAUGAUGAAGAUGAUCCUGAUAUGAGCUUGAGAUAACUUAAUAAGAACUUGUCAUAUAACUUUAGAUGCAAGUCUAUUCUGUAAUAAUAUAGGGGAAUUCUUGAUAUUUAGUCUAGGUAGUCCAGCAUUUAGGUGAUGCUGAAAGCAUCCUUUAGGAUGGCUAUAUUGCAUGUGUUAGAAUGUAGCGAAUCCAGAGGUGUCAUGUAUAAUGUAUGGUAUAACUUCCCUCCUUUCUGUAUCUAUUGAUUGUUUCCAUUGUAUUAUGUUCUUUACAUUGACAUUGCUUAGAGUUAUGUAAACUCUGAAAAAAAAAUCCAGUUAAGCUUCCAAGUA